CAGCGGAGCAGGGACCGCUCAGGUGGAGCAGGCGGCCCAGCCAGCGCAGACCCGGAGGCGCGCGGGCAACGCACCACACGGUUCGGCACGGGGCAGAACGGAGCCGCAGCCCCAAGCGCCGCCCGGGACCGCUCUCGCCAUCGCCGCUCCCGCAGCACCCAUGGGGACCAGGAGACUUUAAAGGAGUUUUGGGUUUCGAGAGCAGGGAAAUCACGGAUCCCCGCUCCUGGCCCUCGUCUCGCCGCGUCAUUGAUGGGCAACCAACUGGACCGCAUCACUCACCUCAACUACAGCGAGUUGCCCACAGGGGACCCGUCGGGGAUUGAGAAGGACGAGCUACGGGUCGGGGUCGCCUACUUCUUCUCCGAUGAGGAAGAGGACCUGGACGAGCGCGGGCAGCCAGACAAGUUUGGCGUGAAGGCCCCCCCGGGCUGCAACCCCUGCCCAGAGAGCCCCAGCCGCCACCACCACCACCUGCUGCACCAGCUGGUCCUCAACGAGACUCAGUUCUCCGCCUUUCGAGGCCAGGAAUGCAUCUUUUCCAAAGUGAGCGGCGGCCCUCAGGGCGCGGACCUGAGCGUCUACGCGGUCUCCGCGCUGCCCGCGCUCUGCGAGCCGGGCGACCUGCUGGAGCUGCUGUGGCUGCAGCCCGCGCCGGAGCCGCCCGCGCCCGCCCCGCACUGGGCCGUCUACGUGGGCGGCGGGCAGAUCAUCCACCUGCACCAAGGCGAGAUCCGCCAGGACAGCCUGUACGAGGCGGGCGCGGCCAACGUGGGCCGGGUGGUGAAUAGCUGGUACCGCUACCGCCCGCUGCUGGCCGAGCUGGUGGUGCAGAACGCCUGCGGUCACCUGGGCCUCAAGAGCGACGAGAUCUGCUGGACGAACUCGGAGAGCUUCGCCGCCUGGUGCCGCUUCGGCAAGCGGGAGUUCAAGGCGGGCGGGGAGGUGCCGGCCGGCACGCAGCCCCCGCAGCAGCAGUACUAUCUCAAGGUGCACCUGGGGGAGAACAAAGUCCACACGGCCAGGUUUCACAGCCUGGAAGACCUCAUCCGCGAGAAGCGCCGCAUCGACGCCAGUGGCCGCCUGCGAGUGCUCCAGGAGCUCGCUGACCUCGUGGACGACAAGGAAUAG